AUAACCCACGUAGUUUAAAUAUCACAUCGCAUUUUGCGUUAGUAACUCAUUGCGUGGUUAGAAAGGUUACCAUUAACAUACUUUUAUUCCUUUUUUACAAUUAAAUUAUCUCAAAAUGGUUAGCUCUACGUCUGUAUGGAUAUUGGCCUUGCUAAGCUUCAAUGUUGCGGCGGCGGCGGCGCGCUUCCUGCCGCGCGACGUGGAGCGCCUGGACGACGACGACCGCGAGCUGCUGCGCGCCGCCUACGACUCGCCCAGCUACGACCACGACAACUAUGAGGAAGACGACGACAUGAAGCUCGGCAAGCUCGACCUCGUCAAGGACGGCCUGUGGGUCAUCAAGGCCAAGAUCAAGGAGCUCAAGGCCUUCGACAAGGCGCUGGUCGCCAACCUACUGUCCACCAAGCUGCGGCUCAAGGACCUCAUGGAGAACCACCUCGACGUCAUCAAGAAGCACCACCACGAGAAGCCCAGCCACCACGCCUACCAGGGUCCAUCAUACCAGUACUCAGCGCCGGAGUACCACGCGCCGCAGCAACAGCAGUACGCGGCCCCACAGCAGUACUCGGCGCCUCAAUACCAGCCUGCACAGCAGUACCCGGCCCCGCAGCCCGCGCCCACCUACCAACACGACCCUUACUAUGGCCACUGAAGGUUCAGAGGUAGCCCAACUAAAUAUUUUUAUAAGAUAUUCUAUUGAUUUAAAUAAUUUAUGUAAAAUGUAAAUAGGUAUAAUAUAAUAAUGUUCUUUUAUUGUUACUCUUAAUCUUUACAAACUUAAAGAAAAGAGCUGGAACUGUAAAUAAAUUGCAUCUACCAUUA